AGGGAUAAGAAAGGCACUAGACAUUCCUAUGCUGCUGGAGUCCCGGAGAGAGGCUCCACCCACCCUCUAGGCCCUCAGCUAGCCCUCUAAAUCCUUAACCCUCAAGAGGCUCUAACAAGAAAACACCCUACUGAAUGGGAUGGGAUGGCCCAAGGCUAGGGUUGUCUGCACGAUUGAAUUUAGGUCUCAUUGGAGGAAAAGUUAGGCCCUAAGAAAAAACUCAGAUGACAAAGUCAGGUAUUGGUCCACACCUCCCAGCUGGUUAACCCAAAAGGUGGGAAGGAAGAGGUGGAGAUGUCCAGACCGCCCCUUCAAUCUGCCCCUCAGUCUGGUUGUCUGCCCUCUUCCUUCCCAAUUCAGUUUUUACUUUUCUCUAGGAAGAAUGUGUGCUUGUGUGGGCAGCUACAUUUAAUUUUGUUCACUUUGAGAGGCUCCAUCUCUUUUUAACAAAUUCAAUAUUUAUUCAGGCUGAGGUGGAGGGGGAAGGGCCAGUGUCCUCCAGGUCGAGGCCUGGAAUGUGUGAUGGGCAUGGAGCUGGAAAUCCCUUAUCGUCUGUGCUGACCUCUGGUUUCAUCCACAAGAGCUGUGACCAGGAGUGAGGACGAGAGGGUAAAGUCCUGGAGCUGGAAUACUGACUGACCCGUGACAGGCGGAGAGGGAUUUCGCAAGUGCUUCUGUGGAGGGUGGAGGCGGAGCUGCUGAAAGCCAAGCAGCCAAAGGGGCCGCCCAGCGCAGUCGUGGGCUGAGGUGUCCGCCUCCUUCGGCAACUCCAGUUGGAUUUCGGUGCCUGGUGUCUCUGCUCACACUGGCUCUCCAGCUCCUGCUCUCUACUCUGUACCUGGGAGGAGACCACCUUUCUCCUGUCCCAGAGUCCAGUCCGUAGGAUGCUCCAGACCUUGUAUGACCACUUCUGGUGGGACCGACUAUGGCUGCCUGUGAACUUAACCUGGGCUGAUCUAGAAGACAAAGAUGGACGUGUCUAUGCCAAAGCCUCAGACCUCUACAUCACACUUCCCCUGGCCUUGGUCUUUCUCAUCAUUCGAUACUUCUUUGAGCUUUAUGUGGCUACACCCCUGGCUGCCCUCCUGAAUGUUAAGGAGAAAACCCGACUACGGGCACCUCCCAAUGCCACCUUAGAGCAUUUCUACCUGACCAGCGGCAAGCAGCCCAAGCAGGUGGAGGUAGAGCUUUUGUCCCGACAGAGUGGGCUGUCUAGCCGCCAGAUAGAACGCUGGUUCCGCCGCCGCCGCAACCAGGACAGGCCCAGCCUUCUCAAGAAGUUCCGAGAAGCCAGUUGGAGAUUCACGUUUUACCUAAUUGCCUUUGUGGCUGGCAUGGCUGUCAUUGUGGAUAAACCCUGGUUCUAUGACUUGCGGAAAGUUUGGGAGGGAUAUCCCAUACAGAGCAUCGUCCCUUCUCAGUAUUGGUAUUACAUUAUUGAACUCUCCUUCUACUGGUCCCUGCUCUUCAGCAUUGCCUCCGACGUCAAGCGAAAGGAUUUUAAGGAACAAAUCAUCCACCAUGUGGCCACCAUCAUUCUCCUCAGCUUCUCCUGGUUUGCCAAUUACGUCCGAGCAGGGACCCUCAUCAUGGCUCUGCAUGACUCCUCUGACUACCUGCUGGAGUCUGCCAAGAUGUUCAACUACGCGGGGUGGAAGAACACCUGCAAUAACAUCUUCAUUGUCUUCGCCCUGGUUUUCAUCGUCACUCGACUCGUUAUCAUGCCCUUCUGGAUCCUGCACUGCACGCUGAUCUACCCCCUGGAGCUCUACCCCGCCUUCUUCGGCUAUUACUUCUUCAACGUCAUGAUGGCGGUGCUACAGAUGCUGCACAUCUUCUGGGCCUACUUCAUUUUGCGCAUGGCCCACAAGUUCAUAACUGGAAAGCUGGUAGAAGAUGAACGCAGUGACCGAGAAGAAACUGAGAGCUCCGAGGGGGAGGAGGCUGCAGCUGGGGCAGGAGCGAAGAGCCGGCUCCUAGCUAAUGGCCAUCCCAUCCUCAAUAAUAACCAUCCUAAGAAGGACUGAACCAUUGUCCUAGCUGCCUCCCACAUGAAUACAUGAAGCCAGGAAACUAGCCAACCUUCCCUUAGGGACACCGACCGAGCUCUGGGAGAAGGGAUCUAAGGAAGGGAGUCUACACUGACUCUCCCUUACUUGUCCUGUCGCCCGGUCACCUCGAACCCAGACUCUAACCAGCCUCUCUUCAGGUGGGGAAGGUUGGUUAUAUCCUCUGCUAGAGAGGGAUGCUCUUACUUCCCUCUCUCUUCCAAGCUCCCCUCUCUCUUGCUUUUGAAACCUUUCUCGGCUCUGAGGGCUGGAGUCGCGCUCACAUUCCUUGUUCUUGAGAGUCUGGCGCUAGCUCUGCCUCCGACUCCCUGACGCCCAGCAGGGUUGUGCCUUACUGUCCCAUCUCUGGGCCUCAUUCUGCCAAAGCUGGACCAAGGUCCCACCUUUCUAAGCUCCCUAGCUCAUGCCGGAAAGGAAAGCUGAGCUCUUUUAACUUUUUCUCCUCCUUAAAAACAAUUAACUAAGUGAAGGAAGGCAUACAAGCCCCGCACCCUACCCCAGGGACCAUGGUUCCAGGACCUCACUGCCUCCUUUCUCGGCCUCUUCCCCUCCCUUCAGCUAAGACAAGCUGGCGUGGAGUAGAAGGUAACUAGUUCUGUUAUUUAUUGAACAUUGGGGUUUCAGUUAUAAAGCCAGAACUACAGCUAGGACCUGGCAUGUCGGCGAGGGACCAUUUCAGACCAAAAUGUACUGUUAAUGGUUGUUUUUUUUUUUUUUAAUUAAAGUAUAUUAAAGAUUAAAUAAAACAUGA